CGUUCACAUCCCAUAAAGCUCCAUUUAGCAGGCCUUCCCUUUCGUCAUUGCAUCGACUGUCUUGCACUCUCUCUCAAAAGCAACACACUCCCCGAGAAAAUAAAAAUCCCCCUCUGCCAUGGAAGCGGAGGGCCCUCACCGUUCCUUUUUGCCCUCAUGCGGCUCACUCGGGCGUGGACCAUCCAGUGGAAGCAAAAGCGGUAUGUACAGCAACAGUGACGCGAACAAUAGACAGCCAUAGACAUGCUGCACACAACAUACACACGGCAAGCAUGACAUGGUGAGAUCGUCGUUUCUUGUGUUCUCUCUCUGUGCGUGCGCUGACUGACAGGGAGAGAUGUGGCAGCGGCCAGAUGCCUCAAUUGCGGGGCCACAAGUGACGAGACGACCCCCACAAUAAAGGACGAUGUACCAAACACACGCGAGAAGGACGGCAGACCGAAGAGCGCCGCCACCAUGGCAUAGGUCAUCGACCCAACACACGGACGACACACUGCACAACACACACACACACACACACAUACUUGACACCGCACUCCGAUCACCAUGUGCGCCUGGUACUAUGACACAAUGUGCGUGUCUGCCCGCUGCAUACCGGCAUAGACGCCGACAGAAACCCACUGGAGGGCGAGAGACCGCGUUCUCGACAGGAGCAGCAGCAGUGCAAUCCCACAAUUCAACACGACGAGGCCGGUCUUCAGCCCCAUUCUCACUAAAAGCAACCCAAAAAGUGGAUUCAGAAAUGGGCCCGCGGGAAUGAUCAGCCCAGAGCUGGUCGACAGCCGUCGAUCAAGGUCUCCCAACUCCACAAGCCAGUCCUGCAGAGAGCCAGCAAGUCGAGCCACGAUGCACUUGCCUGGCAUGUGGGGCCUUCUGCCAAUUCUCACUUGAUAGGUCGACAGCCAGAAGACACAGGUGGUGAGGCCACAGGCGGGGAAGACGGCCAUGAACCAAAAGUGGUGACUCCCCAGCAGCUGCCUGUACGGUAUCUUCUUCUCCGCCUCGUCUCUCUCCUUCUUGCUCGCACCAAGAGCCUGACAGGGUCGGUCGGGCAUUACCACAGCGGCGUUGACGGCCAGGAGCGCCUCGACGCACAUCCAUACACGCAGCAGCAAAGAUGGCGGCACGCCAAGCGACCCACUGAUAAUGUUCAUCAUCACAAAGACCUGACGGCAAGGAAAGCAAAGAUACGUGCUAUCCAGUCCAUUCUCAUCCUCAAUCUCACCAGGGAGCCGAUUGCAAAAAGAGCCGAGAAGCUCGUGACCGCCAGCCGCCUCCAGAUAGGCGGCAGCACAUUGGACGAGUGCACCGACGACGUCUGAGCCAUUGUGCCGCUGAGAGAGAGAAGCGAAUAAGCCACACUGAACCAGUCGAUCGACAGCGGCCCAAAAGAAACAGGCGGCCAGGAGGACGACGAAGUGAUGUUCGACGAGAGCACCAACAGUGCCAAAGCCGACAUGCUGAGCGAGACGACGUUCGUCCACCGUGGCCCAGCCACGUCCAUCAAGGCUGCUCCCACAACAUAGCCAGCAGUAGAGAACCCAAAGGCAGUCGAGUAGAUGCUGACGAGCUUUGCUGACCGGGCCUCGCACAUCAGUCCAUCAGCAGGCGAGCACAGAUGUCGAAAGAGUCCCUCCCGCUCGAUGAUCAAUUUCAUCCCGCUCCAUCCGUGAAAUAUCCCCGAGCAGCAGAGGCUGUGAAGGCAGCAGCUGCCGUAGAUGUGCAGUCGCCUUGCCAGCGUCGUCGGUGGGGUCAUGCCGUCAGGGGGGCUCUGCUCACCGCCCUUGUCACCGCCCAUACGAGCCGAUGGCUGCUGAAACUGGAUUGCUGUUGGUAGGUAAACGGGGAUGGGCGUCAAUGUCAGUGGUUCCCUUCGUCGAUAACACACAAGGUCUGCGCACCUCUCUCCCUUUUUUCCCCUUUCCUCCCCCGUUCACCUGCGAGCUUGAAUCCCUGAGGCGAACUUUCCCUCCUGUGUGGUUAGUCCCAGCUUGUUUCUCUUCUCAGACGUCUGGGGGUGUAUCCAUGAAGCAUUG